AUGUCACAGCCAAAAACAAGUGGAAGAAGCAGCUUUGGAUUCAUGAUGAGGCCGUUGACGUGGUUGUGUAUGUGCUUCAACGCGGCAGCGGAAGGCGAUCAACGGAGAAGAUCUAAUAAGAAACUAUUACGGAGGAGCAGAUCGGUUCACUCCAUGAAACCAUCUCCGGUUAAUUCUUUCGAUAGGAGUCCAAUGGUGGACGAUGAAGAAAGAGAUGAAAAGAUUAAAGAUGUUAUCCUCUAUUGGGUGAUCCUAAUGGAGAUGAUCACGGGAAGGACAUCGAAUGAUGAGACGUUGAGCGAGGAGAAGCAAAACUUGGUCAUGUGGUUACGUCCGAGCUUAGAUAGGAACAUACCAAAAGACGAAGCAACCGUGGAAAGCAUCAAGACGGUAGCCAAAUUGGCUGAACACUGCACUUUUCAAGAUGUUGACAAAUAUAUUUAUCUCUCAUGGUAA